CACGUACGCAUUACCUCCUGUAUAACGGCGCAGGAAGGGAUAUUUCUCAUCUGCGCUUGUUUAUAAAAGCCUAAAAGAAGAAAAGACGGAUCACAAAAUCUCCUGGGAUUGUAGCAGUAGAAUUGUCGAAGAUGAUCCACAGUUUGUUCCUGGUGAACUCCACGGGAGACAUCUUCCUGGAGAAGCACUGGAAGAGCGUGGUGAGCCGCUCGGUGUGCGAUUACUUCUUCGAGGCGCAGGAGCGAGCCAGCGAGCCGGAGAACGUUCCGCCGGUGAUCCCGACGCCGCACCACUACCUCAUCAACGUGCUCCGACAUCGCAUCUACUUCGUAGCUGUGAUCCAGAGCGAGGUUCCUCCUCUGUUCGUCAUCGAGUUCCUGCAUCGUGUCGUCGAUACGUUUCAGGACUAUUUUGGCGUGUGCUCCGAGGCGGCCAUUAAAGACAACGUGGUGGUGGUGUACGAGCUGCUGGAGGAGAUGCUGGAUAACGGGUUUCCCCUGGCCACAGAAUCCAACAUAUUGAAAGAGCUGAUUAAACCUCCGACCAUCCUGCGCACCGUCGUCAACACCAUCACAGGAAGCACUAAUGUCGGAGAACAGCUCCCUACGGGUCAGCUCUCUGUGGUGCCGUGGAGACGCACCGGAGUCAAAUACACCAACAACGAGGCUUACUUCGACGUGGUGGAAGAGAUCGACGCCAUCAUCGACAAGUCAGGUUCUACAAUCACAGCAGAGAUCCAGGGUGUGAUUGAUGCGUGUGUGAAGCUGACAGGAAUGCCAGAUCUCACUCUGUCCUUUAUGAAUCCCCGGCUGCUGGACGACGUAAGUUUCCACCCGUGUGUCCGCUUUAAACGUUGGGAAGCCGAGCGAAUUCUGUCCUUCAUCCCUCCAGACGGAAACUUCCGGCUGCUCUCCUACCACGUCAGCUCUCAGAAUCUGGUGGCCAUUCCAGUCUACGUUAAGCACAACAUCUCGUUCCGUGAGGGCAGCUCUCAGGGCCGCUUCGACCUCACGCUCGGCCCCAAACAGACCAUGGGGAAGGUCGUGGAGUCGGUUCUGGUGAGCAGUCAGCUCCCACGCAGCGUCCUCAACGCCAGCCUCAACCCUUCACAGGGCACCUACACCUUCGACCCCGUCACCAAGCUCUUGACGUGGGACGUCGGGAAGAUCAACCCUCAGAAGCUGCCGAGUCUGAAGGGCACCAUGUGUCUGCAGGCCGGAGCCUCCAAACCAGACGAGAAUCCGACCAUCAACAUCCAGUUUAAGAUCCAGCAGAUGGCCAUCUCAGGUCUGAAGGUAAAUCGGUUGGACAUGUACGGCGAGAAAUACAAACCGUUCAAAGGCAUCAAGUACAUGACCAAGGCGGGGAAAUUCCAGGUGCGGACCUAAAGGCUCGACCGCCUCUCCCGAUUCCAGCCGUCUCCGGCGACAGCAGGACGUCACGGCAUGGAGCGGGGCUUGGAAACGGAGGAUACGUGUACGGGGUUGAUUUAAGUCGGAACAAUUUUUUCAAGAUUUAAAGGAAUACUUUGGUGGAAAAUGCUGAUAACGCUAAAUGAUCGCUGGGGUUAAACAUCAUCCCUGUACACACUGUAAUAGCAAUGUUAGCAUUCCUCAGGUAAAAGUAUUCCUUUAAACGUAGCCACUGUUCUCUAGUGUGGAUGAAGGAAGCAGGCGGUCGUGUGUAUCGAGUCUGAAGUCCACACCGACCUUCCUAAACACUCGUAACUUUAAUAAUUACAACCCAAGAAACAAACCUGCUCCGUCCACAGACUUCCAACGCGUUACGUUGUUAGACGUCCUGCUUCUCUUUUAUCGGGUCUCUUUUUUCUCUCUCACAAAGCGGUUUGUCGUGAAAUUUUAUUUUAUUUUAUUUAUUUAAAGCUUUAAUCAUCGGGAGAAAAUACGGUAGCCGUACACCGAACCCCCGACACGACGAGGAAAUCUACAUGAAAUCUACAAUAACAGGGAAAAAAGCGCUUCUUCAAACGUUUCCAGAUAGUCGACCGAUAUCUAGAGCACGCCGUCGUAACCCUGCCCUCGUAUCGAUCGCGCACUUAGUGCUCCAUUUUACUAAUGGCUUCACUGCUGAGACACUACCGUUACCGAUCCCACGUCGGUGCUGUAUCUCCAACCACAUUAUCCCUUAACUGUAUACAGUUCACAAGCACAUCAUCUGUUACACACACACACACACACACACCUUCUGUAACCACUAUUUCACUGUACGGUGAACGUCUAACUUCACUGAAGCAACGAGGACCAAUUAAAUAUCAUCACUGGAUGUUUUCUGUUUGCUGUGUCUGUUUGUCUGUUCCUGAUUUUGCAGUGAUGCCGAAUAAAAAAAACUGUCUGAACAUUAAAAA